UUAAGUAUACAUUACAGAACAGCAUCAUUUUAGCCUCUUUCCUGAGUGCUUCGUAGCCAACUGCUGAGCCGCCUGAGAAAUGGGAAUCGUGAGACCAGACGAGAGCCGGAGGAUGGAGAUCGAGGAGCUCCGGCGAAUGCUGCUAUCUUGCGCCGGUGUGUACCGGAGGAAGGAAGAAGAAGCGUUGAGAUUGUCCGGACCGGCGAUGCCUCUUGAGCAAGACGACAAACUUGUGUGCGUUAUCGGAGGCGUUUCCUACCUCGGAAUCGCUAUUGUGAACCAGCUCCUGCUCCGAGGCUACUCCGUCCGGAUCCUCGUCGACAACGAAGAGGAUCUGGACAAGCUGAGGGAGAUGGAAACUUCUGGUGAAAUGAGAGGACCAAACAACAGCAACGUAGUAGAGGGAGUAAUGGCAAGGCUAACUGAAGUUGAAGGUUUAUCAGAGGCCUUCAAUGGUUGUCGUGGCGUAUUCCAAACUGCUGCAUUUAUUGACCCGGCUGGGCUAUCUGGCUAUUCUAAAUCCAUGGCUGAAGUUGAAGUGAUGGCUAGCAAGAGUGUCCUAGAGGCAUGUGCAAGUACAUCAUCGGUUAGAUACUGUGUGCUUACAUCCUCACUUCUAACAUGCAUAUGGCAAGACAACGGUCUCAACAACACAUCUCGCAAAAUUGACCAUGACAGCUGGAGCAAUGACUCUAUCUGCACAAGUAAAAAGCUUUGGUAUGCCUUGGGAAAACUGAGGGCAGAAAGGGCUGCGUGGGAAAUAGCUAAGGAGACGGGAUUGAAGCUGGUGACUAUUUGCCCAGGGCUCAUCACCGGUCCUGAAUUUCGUAACAGGAACCCAACUCCGACAAUUGCUUAUCUCAAAGGAGCUCGAGAGAUGUACAGAAAGGGACUCCUCGCAACUGUUGAUGUAAACGCUUUAGCAAAGGCGCAUGUAACAGUGUACGAGGAGAUGAAGAACACGGCACACGGGAGAUAUGUUUGCUUCGACAAAGUCCUAAGCAGCCCAGAAGAAGCUGAAAACCUGGCAAGGGAAACAGGAAUUGAUAUUGGCACCAUUUUAGAUGACGAUGUUGAAUUGAACGACCAAAAUAGUAGUCAAGAAAGAUUCCAACUAUCAGAUUUAAAGCUAUGUCGUCUAAUGUCACGAACCUUUAGAUGUCUUGACUACUUAAACUAAAUUAUUGAUCGCAUUCAAGAUGAAUUUUGCCAUUCAAUAUUUGUUAUAAAUAAUAUUUUCAAUAAAAUAGUUUUAUAUUUUACAAAUCAA